AUGUCGAUCUGGAGGGCUGCUCAAAACGGGAGGCUGACGGAAGGGGUGCUUCAGGAUUUCCUUGAGAGGGACCCUGAUCUUCUGAACCGUGAAGACGGAUCGGGAAUCACUCCACUUGGGUAUGCCCUGCUGAAUGGAAAGGCGCGUGCGGUAAAGUGCCUCCUGGACAACGGUGCCGAUCCAGACAAGCCGAUGGGAGAAACGACGACCUUCCGUGAUGGCAGAACGCCUAUGUAUCUCGCCACCAUAGCAAACCCGCCCAGUCCUCGCAUUGUCCAGCUUCUUCUUGAGAAGAAGCCGGCGACCUUCGACAAACCCAUCUCAGCAUCUAAGAACCAAACCCCGUUGAUGGCCGCCAUUGCUGGGAAAUCGAAUCCCGAAAUUGUCAAGUUACUCAUCAACGCGGGCGCGUCGCCGGAGGCACGAGACGAUGACGGCAAAACUGCUCGCGAUCUUGCAGAUGCGCUUUCGGACUUCGCGUCCAAACAGAAAAUCAAAGAUGCACUUGAGCCAACGCUACGAAAAGGAGGAGGCAGAGGCGGCCUUCUGAGCUAUAUGACCAACUGGGUGGCCCGAGUACUCGGGAAGUCCGGAUCCUGGAGGGCCCUUGGUCCCAUCUUCAAGUCUGCUUCCCGGUAUUUCCUCAACAUUGCCCCAUCGGCAAGCUUCCACCCUGAGGAGGAGCUUGAGACGGAAAAACUUGAAACUGCAGAAGACUUCAAAAAUAGUCUGGACAAUAUAGUCAAUGAUGACGGCCUCGGGAGAUUUUUCCCCCCUGGAAAUACGUAUGUCAAGGAAGUAGCAGUGAAAACCGCUUCUCUUAAGAAUGACCCAAAUAAUCUGCUAAACUCACCCAGUCAGCUCAAGGGUCUUGCUACCAUGGCCCUUUAUCAACCCAUCAUCUAUUGCGAACUAGAAACUAAACGUAAACAUAUCCAAGAUGACAGCGGCUCCAUGAGGGGAGAGCUCUGGGAAAAGCAAGCGGAACUCGUCAAGCGCAUCACUGGUAUUGCAACGCGUGCGGAUCCAAACAACAGAGGGCUUCAUUUCCGCUUGAUCAAUAAGAACCCCAGUAACACUGACAAUCUCGAUGGCGAUGCGAUACUCCAGACGCUCAAAAAGAUUCUGCCAGGUGGGAAUACACAACUUGGAACACAACUCCGCCAGAGAAUUCUUGAUCCGAUCAUUCGCGGACCUCUAAAUGCCGGCAGGCCGUUGGAAAGGCCCUAUCUAAUAAUGAUUAUCACCGAUGGAUGCCCAACCCUUGAGCCGAGCGAUGAACUACGUAACGUGAUACUGGACUUCAGUCGAUUUCUUGGGGAUAAAGGUUAUAGAAAAGACGAACUUGUUGACACAAGGUACGAUGAACUUAGACAGAACGAAGCGGAACUGGAAGAUUGGCUACUCUCGAUGCUGCUCUCUCCAGUGCAGGCCUUGAAUGCCGAAUAA